AACAUACAAAGAAUUUCCGGACAAAACCAUUGUCCCAAUCUCUCAAUGUCCUUCCAGAGGCAUGGCCCUCAUUUUGAUAUUGAAAGAGUGCACGCACAAAAAGGCCAUCAGUGGCCAAAACACACAGGGAGCAGGGUUCUAAUGUCUCACCUGUGUCACUCAGUUUUUCUCCUAGGAGUCUUCUUAGUUGCACAACCUUGACCAUCAUUUUCAAGGCUUUUGAAUUUUUCCUGCAUUGUCUGCCUCUGGGCACCAGCUUCUAGCCCCAUGAGAGGAGCAAACCAGUCGAGUGUCUCCGAGUUCCUCCUCCUCGGGCUCUCCAGGCAGCCCCAGCAGCAGCAGGCCCUCUUUGCGCUCUUCCUGAGCAUGUACCUGGCCACGGUCCUGGGAAACCUGCUCAUCCUCCUGGCCGUCUGCGUGGACCCCCGCCUGCACAUCCCCAUGUACUUCCUCCUCAGCCACCUGUCCUUUGUGGACAUCUGCUUCUCCACGACCACCGUCCCCAAGAUGCUGGCCAACCACAUCCUUGGGACUCAGGCCAUCUCCUUCUCUGGGUGUCUCACACAGAUGUAUUUUGUGUUCAUGUUCGUGGACAUGGACAAUUUCCUCCUGGCUGUGAUGGCCUAUGACCGCUUUGUUGCCAUAUGCCACCCCUUACACUACUCGACAAAGAUGACCCACCAGCUCUGUGCCCUGCUGGUUGCUGGGUCAUGGGUCAUUGCCAACCUGAAUGUCCUACUGCAUACCCUGCUGAUGGCUCGACUCUCGUUCUGUGCAGACAAUGCCAUCCCCCACUUCUUCUGUGAUGUGACUCCCCUCCUGCAACUGUCCUGCUCUGACACCCACCUCAAUGAGGUGAUGAUUCUGACUGAGGGUUCUCUGAUCAUGAUCUCUCCAUUUAUUUGCAUCCUGGCUUCGUAUGUCCAUAUUACCUGCGCUGUCCUAAGAGUCCCGUCCACGAAGGGAAGAUGGAAAGCCUUCUCCACCUGUGGCUCGCACCUGGCCGUGGUUUCCCUCUUCUAUGGCACCAUCAUUGCUGUGUAUUUCAACCCUUUGUCCUCACACUCUUCUAAGAAGGACACAGCAGCUACUGUGAUGUAUACCGUGGUGACCCCCAUGCUGAACCCCUUCAUCUACAGCCUGAGGAACAGGGACUUGCAAAGGGCUCUUGGAAAAGUGGUUGGAAGAAAGACAUUUUCUGUCCGAUGAGAGAAUCAAAGCUGAAUCUUAUUUUCCUGAAAACUUUUUUUUUUAAUCAACUGAGUAUCAGAGAGCAGAUGUUUUGUCAAAGGGAGUCUGGAAACAAACUUAUUCAUGUCUGUGCUAGGGGAAUGUAGAUGACAAUUGUUACUUACUUACUUACCUGUGGUCUGAAUUCACCUGUACUCCUGCUGCAUCUACCAGUAAUGAUAUUUCUUUUUUAAUGACUAACUUUUGAAUUAUUUUACACCUAAGUCAAGUGUUUCCUUUUUAAAUGGUCUGUCUGGAAGGAUACAGGUGACACAUAUUUUUGAACAUUAGAAUUACCUGGAAGCUUUUAUAGUCCACUGAUGUCCAGGCUCCAACACUGACCAAAUAGAUCAGAAUCUCUGGGGGUGGGGCCACAACACUGAGAUUUAAAAAGCCUCAGAUGAUUCUAAUGUGCAGUCAGAGUGGAGAAUCUUUGGUCCUUGUUGUAUUCCUUACACGUCCUCUGUCUUGGUCAGUCAUAAAAAUUGGGUCACAGGAAUGAUAACAGAAAUUAGUUUUGA